AAGCGACCCGCAACAACAAAUAAACAAAAAACCUACUUAGUUUGUCUACUAGAAAAUUGUAAAGUACCUAUCCAGUCUUGUGCUUCCGUACUUAUUAAGGAAUUAUUGUUUGAUUUAAUAACUCGAAAAUGGGUAAUCACCACGGUCACCAUUCGGAUCAUCACCAUGGACACCACGAUCGUCACCACUACUCCCACGAUCACCAUAUACCGCCUCCACAACCUCCCCCGCAUCAACAGACGUAUUAUGCACCGCCUCCAACAAAUUACGCACCAUCUGCACCUCCGGGUGCUUGGUAUGGACCACCAUUACCGUGCGGACACAAUAUAUUUGUCCAUGGCUGCCAUCAUUGUCACUACUACCAUAGAAGAUAAUAAAGUGAGAUAAAACGUGAGAUAAAACGUGAGAUUUAUUAAUAAGUGAGACGUUUAGUAAGCAUAAUGUAAACAUAAUGUAGCAUAAUGUAGUUUUAAAUGAAUAAAUUUCAAGUCUAGAUGUACAUAACAAUAUGUACAUUAAAAUAUA